ACUUGAGAAAUUGGACCAAGUUUUUGUAAAUUUUUGCAAAGUCCGAACCGCCAGAAUAAUCGUGAAGGUACAAGUGUCGUGUUUUUUCGUCCCCGGCUGUUCCAGGCGAAUUGUCAAAUUUACUACGGAGACAACCGACAACAGAGAACGGAGUACGGAUUCUUUGAGACUCGCGCGCGUAUCUCUUAUCAGGAGUCGACCAGGCACUCAUCAAGUGAAAGUUGCCAGUUAUCGGGGUGUACGGUGUGGGAAACUACGGAACGGAGAAAGUAACAUACAAAACGCAAAACAAAUAAAUCACGCACUGAGGAGAAUAAACAAAAUUGUGAUAUGCAUUUGAACAUAUUCAUUGUGAAAGUGAAUUAAAUACGCGGACAAGCGUUUCAAUUAAGCGAAAACCGGAAACGAAAAAAUCACCCAAAAAUGUAUGGCUUCGUUAACUACGCCCUGGAGCUGCUGGUUCUGAAACACUUUGGCGAGGAGCUAUGGGAGAAGAUCAAAAAAAAGGCCAUGGUCAGCAUGGAGGGACAGUUUCUGGUGCGACAAAUUUACGACGAUGAAAUAACAUACAAUCUAAUUGGAGCAGCUGUUGAGAUACUCAAUAUACCCGCUGAUGAUAUUCUGGAACUGUUUGGCAAGACCUUCUUUGAGUUUUGCCAGGACUCGGGCUACGACAAGAUCCUUCAAGUGCUUGGAGCCACGCCGCGUGAUUUCCUGCAGAACCUGGAUGCCUUGCACGACCAUCUGGGCACCCUGUACCCCGGCAUGCGGGCUCCCUCCUUUCGGUGCACGGAGAAGGACGGCGAGCUGCUGCUGCACUACUACUCGGAGAGGCCUGGCCUGGAGCACAUCGUCAUCGGCAUAGUUAAGGCCGUUGCAUCGAAGCUCCAUGGCGUCGAGGUGGAAAUCGACAUUGUAAAACGCAAAGGAGAGCCCAUCGACGAGGCCGAGAAGCUGCGCGCCCUCGCCCGCGAGCAGCAGCAGUUGGAGACGGACGCGGCGACAGCCGCUGCGGCGGCCCUCGCUCCUCCCACGGAUGCCGAGCGAAACAAUAAUCACAAUCCCAGCAGCAAUAAUGGCCUGGCCAACAACAGCAACGGUGCCAACGUUAACAUCAACAACAACAACGAUGGUCAAGAGAAUGCCAGCGAGACAGAACCCUCCAUUGCACUACCGGGCGGACCCGUGCCACAGGACAGCUUCGAUUGCGACGGCGACAAGGAGCAGAAGUGCCUGCGGCUCCUGAAGAACAAGAGCGACGACAUCGAGCGCUACGACCAUGUGCAGUUCGUCAUCAGGGAGAUCAAUGUGGCGGACAAGUCUCAAGUGGAUGCCAAGAAGGAUGAGGUGCCCGAUGACAUGGAGUUUCUCUGCGAAGCGCCCCUCAUAUCGCCCGCCACAUUCUGCAAGGUGUUCCCCUUCCACCUGAUGUUCGAUAGACAAAUGAGAAUUGUUCAAGCUGGGAAGGCUGUCUCUCGUGUAAUACCCAGAGUGGCCGAGGAGAACUGCUCCCUGAUAGAAGUGGUGGAGGCCAUCCGGCCGCAUCUCCAGCUCAACUUUGAGAACAUUCUCUCCCACAUAAACACCAUCUAUGUGCUGCAGACACGACAGGGGGCCAUGAGCAGCCGGCACGAGCAGCGCUUUCUGAGACUGAAGGGACAAAUGAUGUACAUACCGGAAACGGAUCGCAUAUUGUUUCAGUGCUAUCCGAGUGUCAUGAAUCUGGACGAUCUAACCAAGAAGGGGCUAUACAUCUCGGAUGUGCCGCUGCACGACGCGGCCAGGGAUCUGGUGCUGCUCUCCGAGAAGUUCGAGGCGGAGUACAAGCUGACAAAGAACCUGGAAAUGCUCACGGAUAAGCUGCAGCAGACGUUCCGCGAUCUGGAGAGCGAGAAGCAGAAGACCGACAGGCUCCUCUACUCGGUGCUGCCCAAGUCGGUGGCAAAUGAGUUACGACACCAGCGUCCAGUGCCGCCCAAACGCUAUGACUCCGUGACGCUGAUGUUCUCGGGCAUUGUGGGCUUUGGCCUAUACUGUGCGGCCAACACGGAUCCCGACGGGGCCAUGAAAAUCGUGAAAAUGCUUAACGAACUCUACACGGUCUUCGAUGCCCUCACCGACUCGAAGCGUAACCUGAAUGUGUAUAAGGUGGAAACCGUUGGCGAUAAGUACAUGGCCGUGUCCGGUCUGCCGGACCCCUGCGAGGAUCACGCCAAGUGCAUGGCACGCGUGGCCCUGGAUAUGAUGGACAUGGCCAAGAAUGUGAAAAUGGGCUCAAAUCCAGUGCAAAUUACCAUCGGCAUUCACUCGGGCGAGGUCGUGACAGGCGUGAUUGGGAAUCGAGUGCCGCGUUACUGUCUGUUCGGCAACACCGUGAACCUCACCAGCCGCACGGAGACCACAGGCGUGCCCGGCCGCAUCAACGUCAGCGAGCACACCUACAGACUGCUGUGCCAGGCGAUCAACCAGGAUGAUUCAUUUCAUUUGGAGUACCGCGGCCCGGUUAUCAUGAAGGGCAAGCCCACGCCCAUGGACUGCUGGUUCCUGACGCGUGCCACCAGCAGUCUGGGGGCGAGUGGCAGCGGCGCCACAGCCGGCGGCAACGGAAGCCUGGACUCGCCGCUCCUCCAGCCCACCACGCCGACAGGCGCGCCGGGUGCGAGCAGUCAAAGAUUGGGCGCCCAUGCCAGUGUCUCACGUACCUCGUCGGCCGGAGCAGGGCCUGGUGCCGGUGUUGGUGCUGGUGCUGGUUCCGGGGCCGGCGGGGCAGCCAGUGCGACCCCAUUGGACACAUAGGAAAUGUGCAAAGAUUCGUCUUGCUGCUGCUGAAACAUCCUGUAAAGUUGCCACACAGCAAGCGCUACGUGUCUGUGUGUCAGUCUUGUCCAUCUGUCCGCCUGUCCGCCUGUCCGUCUGUUGGUCUGCCUGUCUGGUCCUGCAAGUCGACCACUUAACCACUUCAUUUCUAUGACUUUGUAUUUGUCCUGCCUGCAUCUGUGUGUCCUGCAUGUGUAUCUGUGUCUGAGUAUCUCUGUGUGUGCUUGUGAUUGUUGCUGGUGGCACGUUGCGGCUAGAGUCAGAGACGUCGGAUCGUGUUGCAAGAUAUCUAUAGAUAAUGGUCCUGUAAAAAUAUUAAAACUAUCUCCGUGUCUGUACGUGUGUGUGAUCCUUUAUGGAUGCUUCAAAGCGAUAUUUGUUAAUAUGUAUUUAUUACGAUUCUACUUUUGUGAUGGUUUCUUAGGCUGAACAUUUUUUUGUGUGUAACGAUACUCCUACUCGAACUGUAUACAAAAAUCUGCGAGCGAAAGGAAGGAAACCCAUGUAAGGCGAAUAUUCUAACUAAACAAAAAAAAACACUCUCAACUUUUGGGACAACCCUAAUUAAGCCGUAAACUAGCCGUAAAUUAGCAUAACCACAAGGCACCAAACAACAAAAAACAAAACCGAAAAAAAAUGAAAUGAUAUUAUAAUAUACAAAGAUAUAUACUAGUAAAUAUAGGAUGUACUUAUGGGUUCGUCAACUUCUAUACAGGGCUAUCGACCAGCAAACAGCAAUAGCAAAUUGUUAGCUAAACUCUCAAACUGCACCAAAGACAAAAGUCAAACUCUAUACAAAAAUGUACAACAAAACCGAAAGCAGAAAACAGAAACCAGAAACCAAAAAUAUUUAUAUGUUCUAUCAUGAAAAUACGAUACGAGUACAUAGGUUAAGCAGUACUGUAUAUCUCCAGAGGUUCGUUUAAGUUUCCAUUGAUCUAUCGGUAAUGUUAUGAAGACAGACGGACAGGUCUCUGUACUUUACUAAAACUGAAAAAUAGCUUUAUAGUUCUUAAGCCAUCACGCCGGAAGUCUCUCCCUGUCUCCCUGUAUGUCUAAAAUCAUUGACUAAUCAAGGGGAAUCUGUUAAUAACCAUACAUAUAUACUAUAUCUAGAUAUACAUAUAUAAUAUAUAGCAAUAUCAAUGUGCACAGAUGCAAAUACUACGAUAUCCAACUGUUCAGCUGAAUGUUCGUUUUUCUAAGCUUAAGUUUCUUUAGGGAGGCGUUAGAUGAUAGAUGAUAGAUGGUUGUAGGAUGUUUGUCUGUGGGCGGGUGUGGCAUAGUUUAUAUUUAAGUUAAUUACUGUACAAAAGGCUAAGAAGUGUUAAGUGCUAAAACUAACUGCAAUCCCUCACCCCUUCUCUAUCUAUCUAUCUCUCUCUCUCUCUUUGUGUCUUCAUCUAAAGUAAAUGUUAAAUAUUUAUGUUAAAGAAAGAAUAAUAUAUGUAACAGAAAUAAAUAAACAAAUAUCUCAUUGAACCCUGAAAUAUUGAAA